CAGCUUCGCCAGAAGAUGUUGAACCGCGCUGCCACAUUUGCCGAGGGCGCCCCGUCGGCGUCGUCUGCGCUGCCGGCGUCGCUCUCUCGCCGCCGCAGUUCGCUCGUGUCGGACCUCUCAGACACGCGACACUCGUUCCGCUCGUCGACGGACAACCUCUUGCGGGCGGGCGGACGCAAUGACACGGAUGCGCAGGCGGCUGCCGACGAGCCUCCGCGCUGGAUUGCACUGCCCGUUGUGGCGGCCGUCGUGCCGGCCAUGAUUGGGCUGACGGUGGAAAACGGGGCGGAUAUGGCGACAGAUGUGUUGAUACUGGUGCUGGCGGGGUGGUUUCUGCACUGCAGCGUCAAGGUGCCAUGGGACUGGUACCGGGAUGCCCAGCAACGACGAUAUCUGAGCGAUGAGGCCGCCGAGCCCUACAGCGACACGAUACACCAAGAGAAAGACGACGGCGUCGACGGCACGCCCGAGGCCGCAGCAGAGGCCGCGACCGAGCUGAGGGCCGACGGCAUCACGACGCCCACGGCGCCCACGGCGGCAUCGGCAUCGGCAGCGCAGCAGGAGGCUCGCAGGGCGCUGAAGCGGUCAGAAGUGCUGGCCUUUGUGGGCUGCUUCUUCGGACCGCUGCUGGGUGCGCUCCUCAUGCACACGGUGCGAGGACAGCUGAUGCGCGCCGAAGGCAUCGUCUCGGAUGCCAACCUGAGCAUCUUCCUGCUCAUUGCCGAGAUCCCGCCCGUCAACCGCCUGAUCAAGAUGCGUACAGAGCGUAUACUGCAUCUCCAGCGCAUCGUGCGAGAGGCCCCGAGGGAGCCAGUCGGUCCCGCAGACGCCCAGCAGCUCUCGCAGCGCAUUGCCGAGCUCGAAGGCCGUCUCGAUGGCGUACGCACGCCCAACCACCACGCCGCGAUUGAUGUGGACAAGAUCAGCGCCGAGGUGCGCCAGACGACCCAGCUCCAACUCGACGCCCUCAACCGCGCCGUCCGGCGGUACGAGAAACGCCACAUGGCCCAGUCGCUCCAGAUCGAAGCCCGCUUCCAGGACCUCGAAGCCCGCCUCCAAGACGCCCUCGCCCUCGCCGCCGCCGCUGCAAGGACCGGCCGCCAGCCCGGAAUCAUGACGCUGACGGUGGCAUGGCUCGUCCGCACCGCCAGUCACACGUUGCAGCUGACUUGGGACGUCGCCAUGUACCCCUUCCGGACGGCGGCGGUGGCGCUGCGAGUGGUCAAGUCGCUGCUGGUUAGAGACGAGCCGCAGGCCAAGCGGCGGGCCAAAGGCGGGCAGGUCAAUGGAUAUACGCCCAUAUCGACGAGUAGAAUGCAAUCAAAG